GGGCAACGCAGGCCGGCGAUCUCCGCGUCCGCCCGGCGGGGGCGGGGGCGCUGUGCUCCUACGUGACUCGGUGGGAACAGGCCCUGGCCCGGCGCCCGCGGGCGGUGCGCGCGCGGUUUGUUUACGUCCGAGGGCGGGCGGGCGUGCGUGUGUUUCCUGGCGGGCGGCCUGGGUGUCCUGCCCGGUGCGUGCGUGCGCGGUGUUCCUCGCGGGGCGUGUGUGCGUGUGUUGUGCUGUGUUGCGCGUGUGUGCUUGUGUGUGCGUGUCCGCGCGCGCGCUCCCUGGGGCCUGUACACCAGCAGUGUGUACUUCGGAGAGGGCGUGCCCUGGGCUGUCCACAGGAGUAAACGCGGAACAAGGACCCAAGCGAAGGAAACGGACGCGUGCUUCUUCACGCUGGGUGUGGGAAUUCUGGUCCCGGCCGGCCGAGUCCUACUGCCCAGGGCUGUCUGGGCCCCCCGCGCUCCUCGGAGUUUCCCAGGGCUUCCACCACGUGACCCCAGUGUUUGUCCCCCGCCCAGAGCCGGCGCCUGCAGCCACAGGGUGGGGCAAGGUAUCAAAGACCUCACCCAGCUGAGCUAGAAGUGAGGGGUGUGAGCCACUCUCUGCUUGGCACCCUAGUGGAUCUGGUAACAAAGUCUGCAGCCCAGAGGGCACCUCCUGCAAACAUGUCUGUGGAUCCCUUAUCCAGCAAAGCUCUGAAGAUCAAGCGCGAGCUGAGCGAGAACACGCCACACCUCUCGGACGAGGCGCUUAUGGGGCUGUCGGUGCGCGAGCUGAACCGGCACCUGCGCGGGCUCUCGGCCGAGGAGGUGACACGGCUCAAGCAGCGGCGCCGCACACUCAAAAACCGCGGCUACGCCGCCAGCUGCCGCGUGAAGCGCGUGUGCCAGAAGGAGGAGCUGCAGAAGCAGAAGUCAGAGCUGGAGCGCGAGGUGGACAAGCUGGCACGAGAGAACGCCGCCAUGCGCCUGGAGCUCGACGCGCUGCGCGGCAAGUGCGAAGCGCUGCAGGGCUUCGCGCGCUCAGUGGCCGCCGCCCGCGGGACCGCCACGCUCGUGGCGCCAGCCAGCGUCAUCACUAUCGUUAAGUCCAACCCAGGAUCGGGGUCUGGCCCCGCCCCCGGUCCGGACCCCGUUCCCGGCCCGGCCUCCUGCUCCUAGUGCCUGCCCCUUCCACCUCCCCAGCCACGCCCCUCCCGCCCCAGCUCCCUCCCCAAAGUGCCUGAGUGCCGGCUCUGUACCCAGGUCCCAUUUCUCUGUAGCACCGGCCCCUUGGUGCACACACAUUCCCUCCCUGGGCCCUGUCUUCCUCUUGCAGCCCCCAAAACUGGGACCGAAUGGCCCUGGGAAGAGGAACUUUGGUAGGUUGGGGAUGGGGCAGAGCUCGGGAUCUGGGAUCGCCCUUGGCUGAAAGUUUAGCCUUUUUAGAUUGAGAGACACGGAGCCAGCUUAGAGAACAGCUGUUGGGGGAGAAAAGGGCACCCCUUAUCUUGGAAACUGCUUUGGUUGUGCCAGUAUGCUCUCCAAACCCUCCCAGGAUUCCAAGCUAGAUUUGGCUAUCUGUGACUUGUGGGGCCGUCCUGGUGAGAAAUUGCACUGAAGAGAUGCCCCCACCUCUGCUUUGGGCCUGGCCUUCCAAAACUAAAAGAGUGGGUAGGAAGUCUAGUAAAACCCAGUUCGCAGAUGGCCCGAGGUCAUAUAUCACUUAGCGAUUGUGCCGGUUCCAAAACCUGGGUUUCCUUACUGCUGCCCUAAGAUUCCAGCCAUGGUUUUCAGGGGGACAGAGGGCAAGGACUCAGAAAGGUGAUGGGAGGGCCUCCCUGGCCUGGGAGACCUCUCUCUGCAAGAGAGGGGGAGAGAAGCAGAGGGAGAGAGAAGGUGACAGGGAUGGAAGAGUGGGAAGGAGCUGGCCUGGCUCAGCCCUAGGCUCUCCCUGCAGCCAGGAUGUCAGGGGCUGGUCAGACAGAGUAAAGGCGCCAUGGACUGCUGUGGCAAGUGGGGAGGCAAGAAGUCAGACCCUGCGGUCUGACUACAGCCUGGAGUGGGGUCCUUAGAAGAAGGGUCCCAGCUCGACCCAUCAGUGCCCACUGUGGGGUGGGGGCUGACCCCUGCCUUUGAUUGUCACCCUCCUGGGAACCCCAACCUUAGUACCUCCCCCCGCACUGUCCACACUGCCCCUCCCCACUGUUUUAUUUAUUGCACGGAUCUAAGUUAUUCUCCCCAGCCAGAGCCUGAGCUCCUGCUCCCUGGGAAAAGUGGCAUAUGGGCUGGACUUUAUAUUUUAUAUCUGCAAUAAAUCACAUUUUAUCUUAUAUUUAGGGAAAGCCGGAUAGCAGCAAAAAAAAUGUUUAAGCCGGGCUCGGUGGCUCAUGCCUGCCCAGCACCUUGGGAGGCCAUGGAGGGUGGAUCGCUUGAGUCCAGGAGUUUGAGACCACCCUGGACAACAUGGUGAAACCCCGCCUCUACAAAAAAUACAAAAAUUAGCUAGGCGUGGUGGCUCACGCCUGUAGUCCCAGCUACUUGGGAGGCUGAGGCAGGAGGAGCGCUUAAGCCCAGAAGGCAGAGGUAGUAGUGAGCUAAGAUUGCACCACUGCACUCCAGCCUGGGCAACACAGCAAAACCCUGUCUUAAAAAAAAAAAAAAAAAAAUUGCCCGGCUCCUAGAAUUUAUUUAUUUCCUGACUUACAGCAAGCGAGUUAUCGCCUUCUGUAUUUUGUAGACUUUCUAAAUAAAGUCUAAUUCCUUUUCCACAGAGAAUAA